AUGAUUGUGCUUUCUUCAGAGAACUGCUCUUCUCAGAAUCAGUUACAUCAUACAAGUCAGCCCCUAGAUGGUAACUGUCUGCUAAUCUUGAUUAUACUUGGAAAAAUAUUACUAAAUAUCCUCACACUGGGAAUGAGAAGAAAAAACACCUGUCAAACUUUUAUGGAAUAUUUUUGCAUUUCACUAGCAUUCAUGGACCUUUUACUCUUGGUGAACAUUUCCAUUAUAUCCUAUUUCAGGGAUUUUGUACUUUUAGACAUUAGGUUUACUAAAUACCACAUCUGCUUGUUUACUCAAAUUAUUUCUUUUAUUUACGGCUUUUUGCAUUAUCCAGUUUUCCUGAUAGCUUGGAUAGAUUAUUAUCUGAAUUUUUCUAAAACCAGCCUUCCACUUAAGUGUCAGAAUUUACUUUAUUUCUUUACAGUAAUUUUAAUUUGGAUUUUAGUGUUUGCUUAUGUUUUGGGAGAUCCAGGUAUCUACCAAAACGUGAAGGCACAGUAUGUUUAUCCUUAUCAAUGUCCUUUCUAUGUCAGCAUUCAAAGUUACUGGCUGACACUUUCCAUGGUGAUGAUUUUAUUUAUGGCUUUCCUAACUUCUUGGUCAGAAGUUAUUACCUUGGUACAGGCAAUUAGGAUAACUUCCUACAUGAAUGAAACUGUCCUGUAUUUCCCCUUUUCAUCCCAUUCUAGUUGUACUGUGAACUCUAAAAAAACACUCUUGCCCAAGCUCAUUGUCUGUUUUCUUGGUACAUGGUUACCAUUUGUACUACUUCAAAUAAUGAUCCUUUUAUUUAAAGUACAGAUUCCAGCAUACAUUGAGAUGAACAUUCCGUGGUUGUACUUUGUCAAUAGUUUUCUCAUUGCUACAGUUUACUGGUGUAAAUGUCACAAGUUUAAUUUAAGAGACAUUGCAUUACCUGUGGAUCCAUUUGUCAACUGGAAAUGCUGCUUCACUGAACUUGCAAUUCAUGAUCCUGAGCAAAUUGAAAAGCCUACAUCAAUUAUAACUUGUUAA